AUGGUUAGUACACUAAUUAUUAGUGGCAAGGCUCCUGUGGUAGCCUAUGCCGAAUUGAUAGCUGCUCGCAUCGUCAAUGAUUCUAAGCCUGGAUCUAUCGACGUUGAAUUUGUCGAUGAAAAGAAGGCAUCUAGCGCCACUUUCGAUGGAAGCUCAGAGGAGGUUUUCACGAAAGUCAUAGGUGCAUUUCCAGACAUUUUUAAAUCUGUUCCUGAAUCGAGCGAAUGGAUUAAGAUUGCUUCAGAAGAGCUGGUUGUCAAGAACUUUCAAAAACUAUCUGUUUCUUUGGCCAAGCUGGAUGCUACUCUCAAUUUGAGAACUUUUGUUCUAGGUGGGACAACUUACUCUCCUGCCGAUGUGGCUUGCUGGGGUGCUUUGAGAUCUAACGGAAUGGUAGGAUCCAUUAUUAAGAAUAAGGUUUAUAUUAAUGUUUCUCGUUGGUACACUUUGUUAGAUUUGGAUCCACACUUUGGUGGUGCUCACGAAUUUUUGAGCAAAUCUCUUCAAAACUUGAAGAAAGCAUCUGCUGGUAACAAAAAGAAGGAGACUCAUAAGGCUAAUUUUGAAAUUGGUUUGCCAGAUGCCAAGGAAGGAGAGGUCGUUACACGUUUCCCCCCAGAACCCUCUGGAUACCUACACAUCGGUCAUGCGAAGGCUGCGUUAUUGAACCAAUAUUUUGCUCAAGAAUACAAGGGUAAGUUGAUUAUUAGAUUCGAUGACACGAACCCAUCAAAAGAGAAGGAGGAGUUCCAAGAUUCGAUUUUAGAGGAUUUGGACUUGCUAGGAAUUAAGGGAGACAAGGUAACUUACUCUUCGGACUACUUCCAAGAGAUGUUUGAUCUUUGUGUUCAAUUGAUCAAAGAGGGUAAGGCUUACUGUGAUGACACACCUACUGAAAAGAUGAGAGAAGAACGUAUGGAAGGUAUUGCAUCUGCAAGAAGAGACCGCACUAUUGAGGAGAAUCUGAAGAUUUUCACCGAAGAUAUGAAGAACGGUACUGAGGAGGGCUUGAAGAACUGUGUGCGUGCAAAGAUCGAUUAUCAAGCUUUGAACAAGGCUUUAAGAGACCCCGUUAUCUACAGAUGCAAUUUGACCCCACACCAUCGUACAGGCACCCAAUGGAAGGUUUACCCUACCUAUGAUUUCUGUGUACCAAUCGUUGACGCUUUGGAAGGUGUCACUCACGCUCUUCGUACCAUUGAGUACCGAGACCGCAACCCCCAAUAUGAUUGGAUGUUAAACGCUUUGCACCUCAGAAAGGUACACAUUUGGGAUUUUGCUCGUGUCAAUUUUGUAAGAACACUGCUAUCUAAAAGAAAGCUUCAAUGGAUGGUUGAUAAAGAUGUCGUUUCGAACUGGGAUGACCCAAGAUUCCCUACAGUCAGAGGUGUUAGAAGAAGAGGUAUGACCGUUGAAGGUUUGAGAAACUUUGUGCUUUCUCAAGGACCCUCGAGAAAUGUUAUCAAUUUGGAAUGGAGUUUGAUUUGGGCUUUCAAUAAGAAGGUCAUCGAUCCAAUUGCCCCAAGGCAUACUGCUGUGGUUAGACCUGUCAAAUUUCACCUAGAGGGAGACGAUGUUCCUCAAUCUCCUAAAGUUGAAAUGAAAUUGAAACAUAAAAAAAAUCCCGACGUCGGUGAAAAGAAGGUUAUAUUCUACAAGGACAUCCUUAUUGACCAAGAUGAUGCCGAUAUCAUCACCGAGGGAGAAGAAUUAACAUUGAUGGACUGGGGUAAUGCCAUAGUCACCAAAAAGAAUUCUGACGGUUCCUUAGUUGGAAAGCUGCACUUAGCUGGUGAUUUUAAGAAGACCAAACUAAAGGUGACCUGGUUGGCAGACACUGAUGACAAGAUUAACGUCGAUCUAGUUGACUUUGACCACUUGAUUUCGAAGGAUAAGUUGGAAGAAGGAGACAAUUUUGAAGACUUCUUGACCCCAGAAACCGAGUUUCACACUCCAGCAGUUGCAGAUUUGAACGUUAAAAACAUGAAGGUUGGUGAUAUUAUCCAGUUUGAGAGGAAAGGUUACUUCAGACUCGAUGCUCUCGCAACUGGUGAUAAGCCAUAUAUCUUCUUUUCCAUCCCAGACGGCAAAGCGGUUAACAAGUAUGGUGCUAAGAAAUGA